AUGGUCAACAUGAUCGAAGAAACGCCGAUGAACGCCACUGCGCUCCUUCUUCAAACCCGCACAAGCAGCACCGACAGCAGCGUCUCUCCCAAGCCGCGUUGGUCGAAGGGCGCCCCUCCCACGUGCGAAAACACAGAACCGAACAAGCCGGCUCCCGCUGCACCUGUUUCAUCGACGUCCUCGUGUGACGACGACGAGCGUUCGCCGAACACCACCAAGCUCUUGCUUGAGAGCCACACCAGCACCGACGGCCACAUAUCGCCCAAGCCCCGCUGGACGCGAGGAAACCCGAACACCGAACCCGACACUGGAGCUGACGGUGAUAAGCUGGACGAGUCCUCCUCCUCUUCCUCUACCACUGCCACAGUCGCAUCAUCCGAGGACGGACGAGAGGAACCCUUGCCGACCUCGCUUCGACCUGGCGGCCGCAGCAGCAACGCCUCGGGCAGCAGCUGUGGCGACCGCAAGUGGUACAUGGCCUGGAGGUGGUUGCUCGAGGACGAGGCUGCCAGCGAGCCAAGACUGCAGAGGCCAACCGAGGCCGAUCCUGCUGUGCUGCCGAAGCUGAUGGACGCCGAGCGGCAGCUGCUGUGCCGCAACGUGGAGCUCAGGUUGCUUGAGGUCGGUCGGCAUUCUACGGACAUCCCCGCACUGGUUGAGGAAUACCUCCGGUUCAUGUUCCUUCGGAAGAGGCUCGAGGGCAUGCUCACUCUCGACCCUUCCCCUCUGGUGGACGUUGUCUGGCAGGCGCACAUCACGUCGGACAGGGAGUACGCCGCGUUCUGCGAGCGCACAUUCGGAGGGGAAGGGCUAGAGUGUGGGGUACCGCACAGGGAGGUCGACGCCUCGCAGCCCAUGCUGUACGAGAACACGGUCGGCGCUUACGAGCACUUCUUCGGCGCCGUUGCCCCUUUUGAGUGCUGGCCUGCCCCCGCGGUGGUUGUUGGAGGUGCGUGUACCGCGCUGGAUGGUAAGGGAGAGGAAGAAGAGGCACCCGUGGAUGUCUCGGGAAGGCGAACCGCUUUCGUCCGCACGGAGGAGAGGAAGGUUCAUUUUGCCGAGGAAGACUGA